GGCUGGAGGAGCCUGGCUCUCCCCUGGCGCAUGCGCAUCUCUGCUCCCGGUAUGGCGUGCGCUCGGUUGCCUGCCCCGCGCUCUUUCUUCUAGGCCCUUCCGCUCCGUGCCCGCGGCUGGUAGCGGAAGUGAACCGGGGCGCGGAGAGGAGGACAACGAACCUGGCUCCGCGGGGAGAAGCGAGGAUGCGCCUGGAUCGGCGGCGGCGCCGCUGCUGCCGCGGUGGCGAGGAGCCCGAACCCAGGCAGUGAAAGGAAGAAGGGACCUCUCCCUGAGCAGGGCGGCGGGCGACUUGCAAGGGGGAGGUGUAAGCGCUUCGUCAUUUACCCUGUUCUCACCGAUGUUGCUGUGUUUGAGGGCAGUGGGAACAAAACAUCUACCUGGAAUAUAGGGAUCUCUCCGCACUUUUCUGCUCAGUCCCAGCCAUUGGGCUGCUUGUUGCUGUCAUUAAAGCCUUUGUAGCCAUCAACCCAUUGCGGUUUCAAUGGGAAAAUGAAGGUUGCACAUUUUCAAAAGCUGCCUAAGGAUGAAAAUGAAAUAAUGAUUCCUGUUCUAACUUCCAAAAAAGCAAGUGAAUUACCAGUCAACGAAGUGGCAAGCAUUCUUCAGGCUGAUAUUCAGAAUGGCUUGAAAAACUGUGAGGUUUGCCAUAGAAGGGCUUUCCAUGGUUGGAAUGAAUUUGAUAUUAGUGAAGAUGAACCACUGUGGAAAAAAUACAUUUCUCAGUUUAAAAAUCCUCUCAUUAUGCUCCUCCUGGCUUCUGCAGUCAUCAGUGUUAUAAUGCAUCAAUUUGAUGAUGCCGUCAGUAUCACUGUGGCAAUACUUAUUGUUGUUACAGUUGCCUUUGUUCAGGAAUAUCGUUCAGAAAAAUCUCUUGAAGAAUUGAGUAAACUUGUACCUCCAGAAUGCCACUGUGUUCGAGAAGGGAGGGUAGAACAUACAUUUGCAAGAGACUUGGUUCCUGGAGAUACUGUCUGCCUAUCAGUGGGAGACAGAGUUCCUGCAGACUUGCGCCUAUUUGAGGCUAUUGAUCUCUCUAUUGACGAAUCGAGUUUGACAGGUGAGACAACUCCUUGCUCUAAAUGCACUUCUCCCCAACCAGCUGCUACGAAUGGAGAUCUCACAUCAAGAAGCAAUAUUGCUUUUAUGGGAACACUGGUUCGAUGUGGAAAAGCCAAGGGGAUAGUUAUUGGAACUGGCGAAAACUCUGAGUUUGGUGAGGUUUUCAAAAUGAUGCAAGCAGAAGAAGCACCAAAGACACCUUUGCAGAGGAGCAUGGAUCUACUAGGGAAGCAGCUUUCCUUGUAUUCUUUUGGUAUAAUUGGAAUAAUUAUGUUGGUUGGCUGGCUGCAAGGAAAACAUAUCCUUGACAUGUUUACCAUUGGUGUCAGUUUAGCUGUUGCUGCCAUCCCAGAAGGUCUUCCGAUUGUUGUAACAGUCACACUGGCUCUUGGUGUCAUGAGAAUGGUUAAGAAACAGGCUAUUGUCAAAAAAUUGCCAAUUGUUGAAACUUUAGGAUGUUGCAAUGUGAUUUGUUCUGAUAAAACUGGCACUCUGACAAAAAAUGAAAUGACUGUUACUCAUAUAUUCACAGCAGAUGAACUACAUGCUGAGGUUACUGGAGUGGGCUAUAACAGAUUUGGAGAAGUCAUUGUUGAAGGUGAUGUUGUUCAUGGAUUUAGCAAAUCAUCUAUUGGCAGAAUUGUUGAGGCUGGGUGUGUGUGCAAUGAUGCUAUAAUCAGAAACAACACUUUAAUGGGAAAACCAACUGAAGGAGCUUUAAUUGCGCUUGCUAUGAAGAUGGGUUUAGAUGGAAUCCAGCAGGAUUACAUAAGAAAAGCAGAAUAUCCUUUCAGUUCUGAGCAAAAAUGGAUGGCUGUUAAGUGUGUACAUAGAACCCAACAGGACAAACCAGAGGUUUGCUUUAUGAAAGGUGCUUAUGAGGAAGUGAUUCGAUACUGUACAACUUACAAUAACAAAGGGCACAGCUUACCACUUAACCAACAACAGAGAGAUCUUUAUCAGCAAGAGAAAGCAUCUAUGGGCUCUGCAGGACUUAGAGUUCUGGCUUUAGCUUCUGGUCCUGAGCUUGGACAGCUGUCCUUCUUGGGUCUGGUUGGAAUUAUUGAUCCUCCUAGAACUGGUGUAAAAGAAGCUGUUGCUGCGCUGAUUACUUCAGGAGUAGCAAUAAAAAUGAUCACUGGGGAUUCCCAGGAGACUGCAGUUGCCAUUGCCAGUCGCUUGGGAUUGUAUUCCAAAAACUCUCAGUCAAUCUCGGGUGAAGAAGUAGACACACUGGAUAUACAGCAGCUUUCACAAAUAGCACCUAAGGUAGCAGUCUUCUACAGAGCCAGCCCCAGGCAUAAACUGAAAAUUGUUAAGUCACUUCAAAAUAAUGGUGCAGUAGUUGCUAUGACAGGCGAUGGAGUGAAUGAUGCUGUAGCACUAAAAGCUGCGGAUAUUGGAGUUGCAAUGGGGCAGACUGGCACUGAUGUUUGUAAAGAAGCAGCUGAUAUGAUCCUGGUGGAUGAUGACUUUCAAACAAUAAUGUUUGCUAUUGAAGAGGGUAAAGGAAUUUAUAAUAAUAUUAAAAAUUUUGUUAGAUUUCAACUUAGCACGAGUAUAGCUGCAUUGACAUUAAUCUCACUGGCCACAUUAAUGAACUUUCCUAAUCCUCUCAAUGCUAUGCAGAUCUUAUGGAUCAACAUUAUCAUGGAUGGACCUCCAGCUCAAAGUCUUGGUGUUGAGCCUGUGGAUAAAGAUGUUAUCCGAAAGCCUCCACGAAAUGUCAAGGACAGCAUUUUGACCAAAAAUCUGAUCAUUAAAAUUCUAGUUUCAUCUAUAAUUAUUGUAUGUGGAACACUGUUUGUCUUCUGGAGAGAGCUACGAGACAAUGUGAUAACACCCCGAGAUACAACAAUGACUUUCACUUGCUUUGUAUUUUUUGAUAUGUUUAAUGCAUUGAGUUCUAGAUCUCAGACUAAAUCAGUGUUUGAGAUUGGACUCUGCAGUAACAAAAUGUUCUGUUAUGCAGUCCUUGGAUCUAUAAUGGGUCAGCUUCUGGUAAUCUACUUCCCUCCCCUUCAGAAAGUUUUUCAGACAGAGAGUCUAAGCAUAAUAGACUUGCAGUUUCUUCUGGGCCUUACCUCUUCCGUGUGUAUAAUAUCAGAGAUCAUAAAGAAGGUUGAAAAAAUCAGGGAGAAGACCCAGAAGCAUGGUAGAUCACCACCUUUGGGAUCUUUUCUCGAUGUAUGAUGCACAUUGCAUUCUUCAUUUUCAAAAUUAGAAACUGCUGUUUAUGUAGGAGGGAAAAACAAAAUAAAGGGCUUUUGACAAGUCCUCCUCCCUGAAGGAUGAUGAACUUUGGAAGGUUAAAGACUGUUUAAUUCUAAACUUCCAGCUGGGGAGUAAUAAAUUAUGCAACUUUGGUAAUUUUUUUUCCCCUCAAAGGUAAUUUUACUUUCCAGAUUGGUGGAACUUCAUAAGUAUGAACGGGACUACUUUAAAAAGAAACAAAUGUCAAGAGUCUGGCACACCUUUUUUCUCUUAAGAUAUGUAUGUCUAUAGAAAUAUGAAUUAGAUGAAAGAUUUUAGCUUUUAUUUAAAAUAGGUUUUAUGGCGAAGGUGGUGGGACUUUAUUAUGGAAAUAUUUGAGGCAUUUUAUCUAUCUAGAUUGAGUUAGAAGAGUGCCAUAUUUCAGCUCCUGUAUUUAUUUCCAUUAUUCUGCAUUGUGUACCAUGGGCUUUUUUUUUUGUAUCCUGAGUUUUUUGCACAGGAUGUAACCACUGUCAGAUCACUGUCUUUUCUUUCUUUUUGUGAUUGAAAAGUCUAUAUUGCAAUUUUCAAGUAAAUGUCUGCUUUUCUUAAAAUA